AUGUACCACCUGCUGAUCUUCUGCUCUCGUAGCUUGAUUGCGGUCCAUGGACUUAACGGACAUCGAGAGCAAACUUGGACGGCGUCGAAUCAAAUAAACUGGCUUCGCGAUCUACUCCCAUCCGACAUUCCAAAUGCUCGAAUACUCACAUAUGGAUACGAUGCACGUACACAUGGGACAAAUGAUCUGACGGCGCAAUUCCUCUAUGAGCACGCCAUCACAUUCCUGGGAAAGCUGUGCAUCUUCAGGAGGAAUACCAAGGCAAAGAAGCGGCCGAUCAUCUUCCUGGCUCAUAGUCUCGGGGGUAUCCUGGUAAAGAGUCACCUGCGGGCAAACUCGGAAUGGCUGGGAAUGCAACUUGACCAAUUCACCCCGAUAAGUGCCGAUUUCGAAAUCGUGUUUUGUUACGAAAGCUAUAAAACACCUGUUCUCCUCGGACAAGGUGUCCUGAUUGUGCCGCGGGAAUCAGCAACUGUUGCUGGAUAUCCCAGGAGCACGAGCUUUUGCUUUUCAAAGAACCACACGGAGCUUGUUCGAUUCAAAAACGCGAAAGACGAGGAUUACAUAACAGUCAUGUCUCACCUGAAGGAUAUGAUAAGUCGUUGCAUACAGAGAGUGAAGAUCAACUGGAGUGAGCUUUACCACUCUGAAGCUGAGACAGUUACAAAGGACAUUCGGCGUACAGUGGAAAGUUCAAAGAUAUGCAAUUUGCCUUUCGCCCUUCCUGUUGAAAGGAGUCCAGUAUUUGCUGGCCGCUCUUCUCAUUUGCGAGAAAUGCACGAAUACCUCUGCCCAGAAGAAUCCCAGGUGGAGGGCGGAAUCGACGAGCUGCAGCAAUGUCGAGUGGUAGUGCUGUAUGGCCUUGGAGGCAUGGGUAAGACGCAACUUGCUAUUGCAUAUGCCUUACAACAGAAGCAACACCUUUCUGCGGUACUGUGGCUUGACGGUUCCAGUAAAGGAAGCUCGCAAUUAGGGUUCCGAGACAUCGCCCAACGAUAUAUCGAUGCGUCUAAACAGGUAACGACGCUCGGGAACUCCUCUUUGCCAAUCUUCCUCUCCGAGACUCUGCCAGACAUAUGCAAGAAAACAGUCAGUUUCCUGGAAUCUGAGUACAGUGGUAAGUGGUUGUUAAUCAUUGACAACAUGGACGAGCUCCUGGGGUACCCUAUCUCGGAUUUCCUUCCCCGGGCAUUCACAGGGAAAGUCAUCAUAACCAGCCGGCUUACCGGUGCUGUUAACUUUGGAAAACCGAUAGAGGUUGAUGAGAUAGAAGAAGAAGCAGCAGUCUCGAUAUUGAUGGAUACUGCUCUUUUGCGCCUAAAAGCCCCUUCAGACACUUCUCAUGCCCGAAUCAUCGCGAAGGCUCUUGGGUAUCUGCCACUUGCUAUUGAGCAAGCUGGUGCAUAUAUCAGCGACGUUCAGAUCUCUCUUGACGACUAUCUCCCACUCUAUGAAAAGGCUCGCAGCCAACUCCUGAAUCCUGCCACAUCCCUCGUCAAUCUGGCGCCAAAGAAAGCGGUUUUCGCUACAUGGGAAGCAUCCUUUGCUCGUAUUCAAAGCCAUAAUGAUGCAGCUGCAGAGCUACUUUUGCUCAUGUCAUUCCUGCACCAUAGUUCUAUAUGGGAGGGUCUUUUCCUAGGUUUUCCUGGCAAAGGUAGGCCAAUCGCUCCAAGCUCUGCACCCGACUUUGCUUGGCUAUCACAACUGUGUCAAGACAGUCUCAAAUUGAAACAUGCUGUCGGAAAUAUCAUUUCAGUUUCUUUAGCCAAGCGAGGUCCCCUAAGCGGCAGCAUCUAUCUUCAUCCGCUUGUUCACACCUGGGGCCGCGAGCGUUUAAGCCCCGAGAGACGUGCUCGGAAAUUGAUUCAUGCUCUGAUUGUGGUUGGACAGGCACUUGAACACGUAUCAAGGCAAGCAAUGACAAAAGAAAUCUGGGAGUUUCGACAACAAAUUCUACCCCAUGCAGAUUCCUGCAUCAAUUUGGCGGAAGAAGAGAAAAGUCAAGACAUAUUCGAGUCCAUUUUUGCAGAUGCAGUUGCUGUCAAAGCCUUUUUUUACACUGUUACCCUGCUGCAAGAUAUAGGGCGGCUAAAGGAAGCCGAAAGGUAUCUUGAUAUGCUGGUCCAACUCAAGCCCUCAACAAUUUGCCCUGAAUUAUAUGCCAACGCUCAACGAAGGCUUGCCGAAAUCUUGAACUACUAUUCGCGAUAUGAAGAGGCCCGGAAUCUGUUCAAAGAGGCUGAAAUAUCGCUGACACAGCUGUUCGGACCGAGCCAUCCAGACACUCUCGCCGCUCAAGUUGGGCUUGGGGAUGGAUACUUUCAGUCUGCCAGGAUCCUAGAAGCGGAGCAUGUUCUAAAAAGAGCCCUUGAUAACGACACGUCUGAUGCUGGCCGCAUUGGUAAACACGGCCGUCUGGCUGCUUCGGUUUUGGGCUUGGUGUAUCAAAACCAAGGUUUUUACAGUGACGCCCUGGAGCUACUUGACCGUGCACUAGAGGAUGCUGCAGAUGAUGUUGAUGGAGAGAUCUUAAACUCCCUGAUGGUCAAGUAUCGCCGCGCCAUCAUACUGCAAGACUUGGGUUACUGGAAAGCGGCCGAGACGACAUUCAAAGAAGUUCUUCAAGCUCGACAAAAAAUCCUGGGCCACAACCAUGUCACAACUCUGAGAGUUCUCAAUGCUCUAGGUCGGCUGAGUUGCUGGUUGGGAAAAUAUAAGGAGUCGCGGGAACUUCUCGACCUGGCGUGGCAGGGCCAAGAAAAACUCGGCUUCAGCAGUGAGAAUGAGACAGCACAGCUCCGCACGCUCUACAAUAUCGGCGCCCUAAAUUGCGCAGAAGGCAUGUUUGACGAAGCGUUCGAAUGCCUGAACCGGGCCCUCAAGUCCCAACAGAAACUUUACGGCGAAGCGGCGGGUCAGGUCCUGGAUGUGAAGUUGGAUUUGGGGAUCUUAUACACGGAAAAAGGGGUCCUUGAAACCGCCGUCUCAACAUUGGAAUCAGUCCUCGAAACCAGGCAAAGACGUAAUCCUGGAGGGGUUGUGUCGCUCAUUCGUUCCAGGACAGCACUCGCCGAUGCGUUGUUAUGUCAGGGCAGAACUGAAGAGGCCGAGGAGAUACUUCGACCUGCCAUCGCCGAUGCAGAGACGUCCCUCAAACCAGACAACCCUGACAGGUUGAGAAUGGAAACUUCUGUUGCGAUGCUUCAGUUUCACAAAGGCCAUGGACACUCUGCCCUUCCGGCCUUGGAACUGACGAUCCAGCUGCUCGGCUCCACUCUGGGUGAGAACCACCCGAUGACCAUUCAGGCUGAGGGACUCCUUGCGCAGAUAUACUUUCAGGAGGGUCGGAAAGAACAAGCGGCAGAUAUGAUCAAGGAAGUUGUCGAGAAGAUGGGUGCGCUGGUUGGGUUAGAGCACCCAAAGACAAAGAAAUUUGUGCAGCUGAGGAUAAGCAUGACCAUGAGUGAAUUAACUUGA